AUGCCUGAGCAGAGCACGUCGGCAAUGCCCCCAACUGAGGCACCUGUGUUUGAAGCAGAACCGCGAAUGUUUAUGUUGGAACCAAGAAAGAGAGCCAUGCUUGAACCAAGCACGACGUCCAUGCCUGAUCUAAGUGAAGCACCUGUGGAUGCAUUCGAACCGAGAAUAAUAAUGUUUGAGCCGCGAAGGAGGGCCAUGCCUGAGCCGACGACACUAAUGCCCGAAUCAACAGAAACACCAUUGCCAAAACCGAGAGUAAUCCUGGUUGAAACUAUGGAAAGGCAUAUACCUGAGCCCACUACGACAAUUACGCCUGAGAUAUCAGAGAUCAAACCAAGAUAUAUCGCGUUUGAGAGAAAAGCAACACCAACUCCAUUGACAACAUCGCCUAUGAAUGAACAGGAGGUAGCUGAUGAACCAUUCGAUCUGUCGACAUUCUGUAAGGACAAACCCGACAGUUUUUACGCUCAUGGUUGCUCAUCUGAGAUGAUAGCCUGUGUUGCUGGAGCACCACAGUCUAUGCUAUGUCCUGCUAAUUUGAUUUUCGACGAACGCAAGCAAAUCUGCGAGUAUCCAGAAAAUGUGCCAUGCUACAGAGGCGAGAAGGAAACGCAAGGCAAGCUUAUCUUUUCAUGUAUGCUGUUUCCGUUAAUGACAAAAACAUUUUAG